AUGUCAGUCGUCGAGGCGCAUGUUCAAUGCCUCAUCGAAAUACAAGACGUUGUUAACACUCAAGUACUCAUGAGCGUCGACCUGUUCAACUCGUACGUCCUCGGGAACCCCUGGCGGACGAUCGUCUCGAACAAGGACUGUGCCGCGGAAGAAGUCGAGGCUUCUACUCGCGUUGCGAUACUUGCGAAGGACACCACCCCCGUGCUCCUCCACUGCUCAUCCGGAGUCCGGCGGACGGGCGUGUUCAUCGCCAUCGACGCCGUCCGCGGCAAGAUGCAGAAGCACAAGGAGGCCUAG